AUCCCUCCCUUCCUCUCUACCUCCCGGCAAUGCAUCCCCAUCCCCCACACGGUGGCCGUCUCUUCGGGUGAAAGCUGUCUUCUCUGCGCCACUGGUCCGACAAAAAAAAAAAAAAACGCUGCUGUAGCAAAGCCAGUCCGCACCGACCUGAGGCAGAGCAGACACACGGGAGACAUCACGUACACACACGGGGAAUCUUUUUGUAUUUCUUCAACCAAGUGAAAUUGGGCUUAGGAAACGCUACUGCGCACCUCUAUGGGCCUAUGGACGUGGAAGCAGUGCACGAGAUCCAGAUUUGCAUAUCCACUUCCACUCCUUCCUCAUUUGCAUACAGCAAGAAUGGCAGGCGGGCAUCCCACAGACAAAUUCAGUUUCAUGUAUCAACCAGACACGCACAAGAGUAAGAACAGGUUAGCUUCAACUAUGAAUCCAGUCUACAGCCCUGUUCAGCCUGGCACCCCAUAUGGAAACCCUAAGAACAUGGCCUUUGCAGGCUAUCCAGGAGGGUAUCCUACCGCAGCUCCCACCUAUACACCCAACCUUUAUCAAACAGGCAGUCCUGGGUAUCCACCAGGAUAUACUUCAGCAGGCACCCAAUACAAAGUGCCCCCUACUCAGUCAAAUGGAGCGCCCCCUCCCUACACCCCCACCCCCACCCCAUAUCCAACAGCCAUGUACCCCAUCCGCAGUGCCUACCCUCAGCAGAACUUAUACACACAGGGAGCGUACUAUACACAGCCGGUGUAUGCGGCUCAACCGCAUGUGAUCCACCACACCACCGUGGUGCAGCCUAACAGCAUCCCCUCCACAGCCCUCUACCCGGCCCCUGUCCCUGUAAACGCUCCUCGCAACAACGGUAUGGCUGCCAUGGGGAUGGUAGCUGGGACAACCAUGGCCAUGAGUGCCGGGACCCUGUUGACAACGCCCCAGCAUGCCCAGAUCGGAGGACACCCAGUUACUGUGCCAACCUACAGGCCCCAAGGGACACCUGGGUACAGCUACGUACCGCCUCACUGGUAGAGCCCAACCAUCAUAUCUGGAGUCCACCAUCGUAUGCAACUGCUCAAAUCUUACACGGGCUCUCAAUGGUAACCAUGGGAACUCGGCACCUGUCUGCAAGAACAAAACUAAAGUGCAACAGCCACUUUACUAUUAUUGUUAUUGUUAGUAUGCGACAUUCUCUAACGUUUUUACAAAAGCUGCUUUUAUUUUUCUCUGUCCAUUUGCCAACCAGUCAUUACCUUAUUUUCUAUGGUUAUUUUAUUUUUUAUUUUAUCUCAUCUUUUUUUUUUAUGUGUCUGUCAUUGGAACUCCAGAAGGACUCUUGACCAAUCACGGGUGUCAUUUGCUCCUGUUUCCGUGUUGUGAUGGUGUGUGUGGUCCUUCCUGCUGCUGCUGCUCAGUUGGCUGGAAUAUAUUGGGCACUUAUUCCUCAUUAUCAUCUCCAUCAGUCACUACAAAGACUUAUUGACUUAUGCUGCCAAAGUUUUAACAACUAGAUAUCAGCACAGGGUUUUAACAUUAUGAUCAAUUUAGUUUUCUGGGUUAUUUAAGUUUUUUUAAUUUUUUUAUUUUAAUUCUUUCUUUUGAACACAUUCAACUUUUUUCUACUUUUUUUUUCUUCUUCCUUCCUUUUCAUCCACUUUGUUUCUUUUUUAGUUUAAUCUCAGUCGUCUUCCAGCGCGUUGCUGUCUGUCUGGCAGUAAUGAGUCCCUCAUCCCUGUCGUUACAUUUCCAUGUGAGUGCUAUGAGCAGAGCACUUACUGACCGUUACCCAUUCUGCUGCGUGUCCCACUGUGUCCACAUUUGAGUAGUAAAAACUAAGAAAACAUCACUUACUUCAUGCUACAUACUAUGCAGGCUAGUAUGUUGUGACACUAUUGGAAUCUUAACUUUAGCGUAAGUCAAUGAGUUUAGAAAAUGUAAGAAUAUUUAUAAUGGUGUCAACGGCGUGGGUCGUCAUGAUUACUUUCUCACACACACACACACACACACACACACACACACACACACAAACAAACACACAGGGGCUCCUGUGUUGCGUCGGAAAACACAUGAUCACUUAGUGGCACUUACUGCACAAUACCUUCCAGUUAUGGUGUUACUGAUCAACACACAGAAGCAAACAUACAUAAGUACAUGACAUGAUUUCUAGGGUUGUGCAUGGCAGACAGUAGAGAAGGAGUUUAAAGGGAUUGUGUUGGCGCAAAGAGAGGAGAGCGGUACAAGACGAGGAGAUCAGACGACAAGGAGGGAGGAGGAGAUCACAUAUUCACAGUACGGUCUUUUCAUUUCAAGGUACAAGACAUUUGUGUUUGUGACAUCUCACCUGCAAGAGACCACACAAACACUGCCAUUUUGCACUAACGUGUAUCGUACAUUGAUUCCGUACUGCGACUACAUCGCCUCCUCCUCCCGUCCUUCUUCCAGGCAAGAACUUUGUAACCAGACACUCAACAAAUAGGAACCCAGACUCUUAAAGUUAAUAAUGGUCCAGUCAAAUACAUGUGUGCUGGUAGAUGGAUAGAGUUCAAUCCACAAGUCCAUGCCACAGUUCUGCGAGUGCUGAAAAGACCAAACCAUGACAUGUCGUAAGGCACCACAUUUAGGAAGAAAUUGUGGCCAUUCGGAGGGUGUUGAUGUGCGUUUGCCUGGCUGGUCCAUGUCAUAGUGAUGAUUUGUUAUUCUCUGAAUUUGAGUUAACGUUUUGACUUUGUGGGAAUUCCAAGAGGACUGUAGUCAAAGAGGUGCUGGUUUUAGUGUUCAUGGCGACAACAGUUAAAGGAACUUCCGAUGCUUCAGCAAGAGGGCAGCGCCGUGAUGACGCAGUGUCACUCAGCCACUUAGUUUUCAGUCCAGUUGACUUUUAACACUUUUUGCAUUUUUUAUGAAAAAGAAUAAUCCAUUUGUUCUCUAUUUUUGUUUGUUCCCAUUUCUUGAAAGGACACAUCUGCUUUUACUGACUGAAUUUUAAACACUAUUCUCCAUUUAAAAAAAUAAAAUAAUAAUAAUAAAAAAAAAAUAUCCAGCAUUACUUUGAUGGUCAUCAUAUGAGUAUAAUAUUUGAGCUAAUGAGACAUGGACCAUAUACAGCCAUUUUCCGUUGCCUCAUACAUGUAAAGGCAUUUAUGUUCAAAGGCAGUAUGAUGACUCAUCUCAACACUACAAACAUACCUAGUAGUGGUGAUGGGGUUUAAUAUUUAGGUGAUACUUGGGUAAUAAAUAAUAUUUUAUUAUUUCAGGAUUUACACACAAAAAAAGACUGAUAAAACAACUUCAUAAUCAGUACAGAUUUGUAUGACAAGCAUUUACUGUGCAGGUAUAUAGAUGAGGUGGUUUGAUAUUGCAAUAAAACAAGAGGGAACGCCUCCAACUGUUAACGUACAGUAAUCAGCGUUUUGAAUUGAUUUUUUUUAUUUUAUGCUUAUUGUAAUCGUUAAAUAUGGAUUACAGGCUCUGUAUGCAGCCUCGAUUCAAUAAUUAUUACAGUUACUGCUAAGAAGUGAAGUAGAACAUAACAAUUUGGGUAUUGAAUAACUUUGUGGAAAUAUUGCACAACAUAAGAUUAAAAAAAACAACUUGAUUACUAUAAUUUAAUGCUAAGUAACAGGUACCUAGGCUUUGUAGUGCAGGAGGGAGGAAGAAGCAAUUUAUAUUGUAAUUAAAUACAAAACAAUAAGGUUGAAUGUUUGAGGUAUUCUUAGUCCAGAUGUUUGUACACUAGUAUGUUAAUUCUCAAAAGAAUAUUGCAUAAAGCCGCUGUCGGGUGAACACCCGUCAAUCUUUGAGCCUUAUUUUUGAAACGACCCUUGUAUUUUAGAAGAUAAAGUGGUUCAAUGUUAUUGGGUCAUGGAGUUUCCCACCACGUAAAGAUCUUGUGCAUUUGAAUUCAAGCCAAUUAAAUUGAAAAGAAUACAGAAAGUGUGUUUUCUUGCGACAGCAGUAAUGUUCCUCAUUACGAUUUAUUUAACCAACCACUACUUCUAUCAGUAUUUCUCAAUUAAGUCUUAUGGGUUUUUUUCUUUUCUUCUUUCACUCUGGUCAAUUGAGCGUAAUGGGUAUGCAUAAUAUUCAGGUGUAUUUCACUAUAGCAUUGGUUCUCUUAAGUAAAAAAAACAAAACGCAGUAUAUUUAUACAGCAAUUGGUACAGUAAUGUAUUUCUAGCUAAGCAUGGUUGCAUCAGUGUGGCAGCUACUGUUUGUGCUUUUAAUAUAUAUAUAUAUAUGUUCUUCUGCAUCUCUGUCCUCUACAUAUCGGUCGCUGAGAAAGGGGAGAUGUCAAGACGAGGUCUGUCUACAAACUUGUGGAAAUUCUCGUCACCAAAUCCCACAUUUUAAUUGUUGCCUGAAUCUACAGACCUUGAGAAAGCGGAGCAUUAACGACGGAACAGAAAUGGAUGGCUUUUUGUUGUUGACUAAAACAUCUGUGCUGUCCGUUUCUGUUCCGUGGGUGAAAAGGUGUAAUGACUGAAACCCCUCAGCCUCCAUGCCCUUUGUGCUGUGCCAUAUUUCACGAUGGUUAAGUAAAUAUUAGUUUCUUCUCCUAAGUAACUGGUGAAUUCUGAGUCCUUGUUAUGUCUAGCUUCCUGUGAAUCUGUGUGUUCCUCUUACUGUCCUAUCCCUCACAUUGUUGUUGAUGCGUAUUGCCUUUCUCACUUUUAUCUUUCUUACUGUAUCCUGUUUUUACUUCAGAGGCCAUUUUGCAUCCCUCCGACUAUUGAAACAAUUUGUUUUUAGUUAAUUCAGGGAUGCAACAUGAUAUCAGAUCAUAUGUUCUGCUCCCUCUCAUGCUCCUUUAACACUCUGCUCCCGGGUUUGUUGGUCUUUAUGUGGCAUCAGUCUGACCUUUGCGACCCUCACCACAGUAGCAGUCAUGUUUAUGAUGUCUAUUUGUUGGUAAUUGGGAAAUCUCCACUGAGCAUUUUUAAACACUAGAUGUCGCCCAUGACAAAGUCUGGAAGUGGCAACACUGGUUCAAGGCUUUGAGCCAAAACUUUAAAUGAAUAACUUAUAGGUGUCAUUUACAUUUAACAAUCAUAAUUGGAUGUCAUAUUUUGAGCACUGAGAUUUUUUUCUUUUCCAAAUUCAGACAUGUUCAAAAAUGCCAUUUUAGACAACAGAUACUGUUUUAUUUGAUUGCUAAUAAGAGUUUUUUUGUUGUCUUAGGCCAUGGACCAAUGCUCUUAAAGUGUAAUUCUAGUGUUAAUGUGGCUUCUCAGUAGAGAGGCCACAGAGCAUUGGGAUAAUCGAAGUAAAACACUCAAAGUGGUGAAACUGCUUCCUCAUUUGUUUCAAUCUGCACUUAAGUGGAAAUGGACAGUUGGGUUAUUUGUGGGGGGGUGCAGAGUUUUCUUAUCAUCUUUUUGUUAUCCACUUUUUAAAUGUUGAAAGGUGGUAAUUUUUAAUGCAACCAGAACCAUUCAUAACGCUCUUCCUCUCCUCCAUCUCCCCCUCCCUUCUUUUUUGUUUGCCUUGCAGUUGCUAAGUCUUAGUUAUUUUCACAAGUAUAAAUUAAAACACUACUAUCACAGUGCAUAGUAGGCUCUUAAAUGUCUUUGAUGUUCUGCUGCAGCUUUUUAAUUUGAAUUUGUCAGAUAUCUCUUUUAAUUUGACACAA